GCCGCGAGACGACGACGCCCUCAGCAGCCAUCCAGCACGACUCCAUCGCGUUCCCUGCCUACGACGGGCUGUCCCCCCACGCCCGCUCUGGCGCAAUCAUGCCUGGCGAACUCCUUCGAACCGUGACGGCGAGCCUCUCGCGGCCCACCAAGCGGAAGAUGGAGCGCUCGUCCGACCUUUUCCUCAUCACCGACCAGGACGUCGCGUACGAGCAGGACAUUCAGCGCAAUGCAGGCAGCGUCAAGCCCUGGCUGGACUACUACGGCUUCAAGAAGAGCCGCGGCAGCAUUCUGGAGCAGGCCUUCGUCCUCGAGCGCGCCGUCACCACGCUCCCGCGCUCGUACAAGCUCUGGAAGCUCUACCUCGAGCUCCGCACCAAGCACCUCACCAAGAAGAAUCCCGCCAAGUACGCGCCACACUAUGUCAAGGUCAACGCCCUCUUCGAGCGCGCACUCGUGCUGCUCAACAAGAUGCCGCGCAUAUGGGAGAUGUACCUGCACUUCCUCAUGCAGCAGCCCCUCGUUACCACAACCCGCCGCACCUUUGAUCGAGCCUUGCGCGCCCUGCCCCUCACACAACACAACCGCAUAUGGGCCCUCUACCGGCCAUUUGCAACGUCUGCGUCUGGUGAAACAGCCGUCAAGAUAUGGCGCCGCUAUAUGCAGAUCCAUCCCGAGGACGCCGAGGACUUCAUCGAGCUGCUGAAGGACAUGCGCAAGUAUACCGAGGCGGUCAAGAAAUACAUGGAGAUUCUCAACAACCCGCGCUUCAAGAGCAAGGAGGCCAAGGGCCCGUUCCAGUUUUGGACCGAGAUGAUCGACCUCAUGAUCGACCACGCCAAAGAAAUUGACACUAGCGACGACAGUGGCAUUGACGUGGAGAAGAUCGUUCAGAGCGGUAUCAUCAAGUUUCCCGACCAGCGCGGCAUACUCUGGGUCGGCCUAGCCCGAUACUGGAUGCACAAGGGCGAAUACGAAAAGGCGCGCGACGUCUUCGAGGAGGGCGUCACCACCGUCAUGACCGUUCGCGACUUCUCGGUAGUUUUUGAUACCUACGUCGAGGCCGAAGAGGCCAUGAUCGGUAUCAAACUCAACGAGGCUGCUGCCCGGUCCGAAAAGGUCAGGCUGGACGAAGCCGCCGACGCCGACCUCGACAUCCGAAUGGUCCGCUUUGAGUCACUGAUGCAAAGAAGACCCUUCUUACUCAACGAUGUCAUGCUGCGGCAGAACCCGCACAACGUUAUCGAAUGGGAAAAGCGCGUCGCUCUCUGGGGUGAUAACAAGAAGGAGAUUGUGCAGACCUACACAGACGCCAUCUCCGCUAUCAAUCCGAAGAAGGCAGUGGGCAAGUUCCAUGAGCUGUGGACCAAUUACGCAAAGUUGUAUGAGGCUGGCGGUGACCUUCAAAAUGCUCGCGUCAUCAUGGAGAAAGCUGUCAAAGUCCCUUACAAAUCCGUGGCUGAAUUGGCUGAGAUGUGGUGUGAGUGGGCCGAGAUGGAGCUCCGCAACGAAAACUUUGACAGGGCCGUCGAUAUCAUGGCGAAGGCCACGCAAGCACCAAAGCGAUCCAACGUCGAUUAUUUCGACGAAUCGUUAUCACCACAACAGCGUGUUCACAAGAGCUGGAAAUUGUGGAGCUUCUACGUCGAUCUUGUGGAGAGUGUCAGCACACUCGAAGAGACAAAGAAGGUCUAUGAAAGAAUAUUCGAGCUUCGUAUCGCAACACCGCAGACAAUCGUCAACUUUGCCAAUCUCCUGGAAGAAAACAAGUACUUCGAGGACUGCUUCAAGGUCUAUGAGCGUGGACUGGACCUCUUCAGCUAUCCUGUUGCCUUUGAGAUAUGGAACCUCUACCUAACCAAGGCCGUAGACCGAAAGAUCGGAAUGGAGCGGUUACGAGAUCUGUUCGAGCAAGCCGUCGAAGACUGCCCGCCAAAGUUCGCCAAAGUGCUGUACCUCAUGUACGGUGCCCUGGAAGAAGACCGAGGCCUGGCCCGCCACGCCAUGCGAAUAUACGAGCGCGCUACCCGCGCCGUCGCGGAUGAAGAUCGACUAGAUAUGUUCAACUUUUACAUUACCAAGUCCGCAUCAAAUUUCGGUCUCACAUCCACCCGACCAAUCUAUGAGCGCGCCAUCGCCGCCUUACCCGACGCCGAAGCCAAAGAAAUGUGUCUCAAGUUCGCCGAAAUGGAGCGACGACUAGGCGAAAUAGAUCGGGCAAGAGCCAUUUAUGGCCAUGCAAGCCAGUUCUGCGAUCCCAGGACAAGUCCGGAGUUCUGGAAAAAGUGGGAGUCGUUUGAGGUGCAGCAUGGAAAUGAGGAUACAUACAAGGAGAUGCUGAGGAUCAAACGGAGUGUUCAGGCUCAGUACAAUACCGAUGUCAACUUCAUCGCCUCCCAGGCCGUCGCGCGAGGCCAACAAAACGGCAACGGCGCUCUUGCCGAGGAUGACGCAUCAGAUGCUGGUGAAGACGCAAUGGCUGCACUCGAGCGGCAAGCACGAGCUCCUGUGGGCUUUGUGGCUGCUAGCACAGGGCUUGCUGGCAAUAUCAAGCCCACUGAAGAGACAGCAGCAAAUCCGGACGCGAUUGAUCUCGACGACGAUGAUCUAUGAUUCACGAACGAUCGGUGGGCGGGUAGGAUAAGAAGGUGUGCAUUUUUGUGGCGUUCUAUAUGGGCUUAUCAACUCCAGACUUGGGAAUUUUCUUGCUUGUGUUAAACGUUGGCCCCAUUCCGCGGCCCUUCAGCUUUCGACUUUCCUCACUUCUAGUUUGAUAUGUCUUUUGAGAUUCGAUGGAUACCUAGGCAGUCCUCUUUUGCAUACUCGGCGUUGUAAAUCUCAUGGAACAAAAUGCGCAACACUGCUGUCGAUUAGUAGUCGAUGGACUUCCCUUUGUUCGACAGAGAAUGGGGAUAUCGAAGGCACAAUCUGCCGGUUCUCUAGUCAAUAUCUUCUCAACUUCAUUCAUCAUCACAGAUAUAAAGAUACAAACAUUAGUCAAAAAUAACCUCAUUUUACCCUUCAGCCUGGAAACUUCUUCCUCGAGCUGC